AUGGCUCAUCGCUUCCGGAGAAAAUUCAAAUUGACACAGCAACCCCAAGGCACAACGUCGGAGAUGACCGAAGACAGAGAUAGGAAACCCGCCCACGCAGAGUGGGAACCAGUUGAUAUUGGCUGCCGGACUCCAGAGGAUGUGAGGCGUUCACAUAUCUCAUCUGUCAGGCGCAUCGGUGCGAAAACGUCUAAGUGGGCCGCUAACAGCGACUACACUCCAACCAAGACGGAAGGAUCUCAGGCAACAUCAGACGAGUUUCUUCUCCUGUCCCACAAUUGGGAAGAGUGGGUGCGAAGCAGCCAGGACAACAACUGUGAGGAAACUCCUGAGGACGUCUCUCGGGUAGUUGAACUUUGCGAGAGCAAGCCGACUAUAUUGCUAGGCCAGAGUGUGAACGGAGAAGUUCAACAGUCCUGGACUUCUCAAGCACGGCCAUCCCCGCCCGAAUCGGUUCAAGCUACACCUCCAGUUCAAGCUCCUAGCAGCACAUCUGGCACAACAACUAGCGAACCACCAAAGCAGGCGCGUCAGCACGUGCUAGUCUGCAUGAAACAGAAAACCACACCCAUCCUGGAGCAGAUUGAAAUCCCGGAGUGUAAUGAUCAAACUGGAGAAUUCUUUAAGACACUGCGCGACAAAUGGAAGUCAAAGGCCUUGAUUCUCAAACUCCCAAGAUACCUUUUCUUUCAUCUCGCAGUUUUUGAGUAUGUACCCGUACUAUCAGGCCAUAAGCCAGCAUACAUCAAGAAAGGAGUCCCCCCUGCCGCCGAGAAAGGAUUCCCACAAAGCUCGAUGGGAAGUUUGGUUCCGAACCAAGGCAAGAGCCUCAACGGAUGGGGUAUCCUUGUCCAUGAGGAAUUGAACUGGGGCUUCUUCUUGGUGUUAGCCUUCGGCACGGUUGUGGCGAUAUCGAUUGCCAUCAUCAUUUGGGCGGCGAAGGGGCGAGAUGUACUAGAUGCGAAUUUUGGCAUGGGUUCCUACGUGAUCGGCGCGCUGCAAAGCGAGCCUUCUCACGCCGGUUUAAGUCUACUGCCCGCUACGAUUGAUGUCAUAUCCCCGGCCGAGUGA